UAUGAACAAAAGUAUGUAACAGGAUUAAACUGCCCAAUUUUAAAUUAUUGUUAACUACCUAUGCACUUUCUCUUGCGUGUUUUUUAUUAAUAUAAACAAAAAUUAAGUUCUUUAUUUCACGUAAAUGGUAUUCUAGACAGUAGUCACAUGAUAGCCAAUACGUCACAGGUCAUACAAUACAAAUUACAAAUACUAUACAUCAAAUCAAAAAUAUCAAAAGUUCUGCGAAGUUCCUGUUCCUGAGUUGUCAUUGUGAAGUGAAUUGUGGAGAAAUAACCUGAUUUUACAUAACAUUAAAUUAUCAGUUACGUGUUGACGUGUGAGUAAUACUAAUAAACGUACUAAGAAAAUGCCACGAAGAGGAAGAGCAGCACCAGCUCGUGCACCAGCACGUUCAAAUCUUCCCAUUAGAACUCCAGCUCCUACACCUCCAGCACCAGUAUAUGCAGCCCCACCAGCACCAGUACCAGCACCCUCACAAGGUCCCGGGUUGUUUGGCCAAAUGGCUGCUACAGCUGGAGGUGUAGCUGUAGGAUCUGCUAUUGGUCAUACUGUAGGACAUGCAGUAACAGGAUUGUUCAGUGGUGGUGGAUCAAGUGAAGCACCUGUCCAACAGCCACCACAACAAGUAGCACCCCAACAACAGUAUGCUGGGACAGGAGCAGCUGGAGAACAAGGCCCAUGUUCUUGGGAAAUUAAGCAAUUUUUACAAUGUUCAUCUACACAGUCUGAUUUGUCAUUAUGCCAAGGAUUCAAUGAAGCUCUACAACAAUGCAAAGUUAGAAACAGUAAGUAUUGAGCUGUGUUUGUAUUUUUUUAAAAUAUUUUAUUAUUUUGUUAAAUGCGCUCUUUACUUUGAUCUCUGGCAUUUGGUUGUAACCUUUGUAUCAUACCUUGUUUUUAUAUUAAACCCUAGUAAGUCCUGUUGCCUCAAUAAAGGUGUACAGUUUCUCUGUUAGUAGUUUUAGGAUCUCUUCUGAUUCAAUCCUCAGUUGGCCAAUGAAUUCCUUCCUCACAUCAAUUAGCACAUUGCAAUGGCAUAGGUUGUGUAUGGCAGUCUCUUCUAUACGAGUCUACCCCAAAAUCCCGACAGCCAAAAUCCCGACAGCCACAAUCCCGACAGCCACAAUCCCGACAGCCACAAUCCCGACGGCUAAAAUCCCGACACGCCUGAAUCCCGACAGGCCAAAAUUCCGACAGGCCAAAAUCCCGACAGGUCAGAAUCCCGACAGGUUUGAUAAGUUUGUUUUUAAUAUAUAAUUACAUUUAUUUCUUGUUUUUUGUUUAUGACCAUCUGUUUUUUAUAUUUUGAAAAGGAAAGAAUAGAUAUUCAAAAUGUAGUUGUCGGAAUUUUUACUUAUGCGAGGAUUGUUGCAUGUCGGGAUUUUGGCCUGUCGGGAUUCUGGCGUGUCGGUGUUUUGGCCGUCGGUAUUUUGGCUGUCGGGAUUUUGGCUGUCGGGAUUUUGGGCGGCACCGCUUCUAUACAAGUGCCUUCCCUAAUGAGGGACCCCUUGAUACAAUUUUACUAAACUCUAAAAUUUACUAAACCUAAAACUCUAAAAUUUGCACAACUUACUUUUCAAAACUCAGACACAACUGGCUAGUGAUUUUAUUAUGUAAUUUUGCCAAUUUGGCAAAAUUACCAUCAUAUGACCAUCAGAGCAUAUUAUGAAGAAAUAACUUUUUUUCAUAAAACUGAUAUUUUUAUUAUAGGGGAGCGCAAUUAGAACGAAAAUAUGCAUUGUUUCGGAAAAAUUCAAACAAGCUUAUAUUUUUCUAAAACUUUUUUUGUUAGUUUAUAUAUAUUGUUAUAUUUCUAUUUGAUAUGAAAAUUAAAUUUUGAUAAUUAUAGAUAAAAUUCAAUUUAAUAUAAAAUAUUUUCAAUUUUCUCAACCACGGGCAUAUAAAUUUAGAACAACCUGUAUACAACAAAUUGUUAUAUUUAAUUUUAAGAAGUGAUUAAACGAAACUCGGGCAAUGCGCUUAAAAUAAAACUCAAGUGAAAUCGAUGAUAGGUCAUUAUCGUUGUUCGCGGAAGGUUCGAUCAUUAGCCGAUGCUAAAUAAGACUUAGUGGAAGUAGAUAAUAGAUCAUUAAAUUUUGUAAUUAGUAGAAAGUAAUUUUAGAAUGGGAAUUAACUAUUUUUCUUUUGAAAUCCAUUAAGCAUAUUUAGAAAGAUUAAAAAUUGGUUUUGAGAAGUACAGUGGAACCCCGAUAAGUCGGCCCCCGAUAACCCGGAAGUCCGGCUAACCCGGACCGAUUUUCAUCAGAUAAACAUUUUGAUUUUCAAUAUUUUGUAUUUUUCAAUUUAAUUGUGGCUUAUUUCCAAUCAAAAUAGUUAAUUAUCAGACAAUCCUUUCAACAAUAAAAAUGUAUGUAAUAUAAUAUUUGAGAGAUAAUGUGUCUAGACUCUCUGUGUCGUGUACUUAUGUGUGUAAUUUGAACACGAGAUUAAAAAUGACUCAUAGUACACGCCGCAGAAACAACAGCCAGCUGUCUGUAGUAUCUAUUCCUUUUUAUUUCAAACUGUCAGCAUUGUUUAGGAAAGACUAUUUAAAAAAUUCUUUUAUAAACAAUGGUCUUUAGUAUUGUGUGUCUGGUAUUGUUCUGCUUACGUUUGGGUUUGGUGUUUUCUUUAGUAAUUUUAAUGAGUAGGUAAUACUGUGCAUAUUUAUAAAUAUAUUUCAUGUUAUUUCAAUUCUAACGGAGUUUAUCUGUAAGUAUACCGUAUUUUAUUAAUUUUUACCAUAUUCUCCGGCUAUCUCGGAUUUUCGAUAACCCGGAUCGGUCGUGGUCCCGAUUAAUCCGAGUUAUCGAGGUUCCACUGUACUGCGAAUGAGAGUUGGUGGUGGAAGUUUGAUUUGUGAAUCUGGAAGGGAUAUUUAGAAAGUAGGGGAAUGAAUGACAAAUAGAGAUCAGAAUGUUUUGAGCUGUCGAGAAGUGAAGUCGAGACAAGAAUCUACAGGUCGAGCAAGUCUUGUAAAUUUCACGAUUGCGAGCCACGUUUCACGCAACCGUGUUUGCGUACUUGUGUUUCGAGUUGCGUGGUCGUGCGGAGUUAUAUUUACCAAUUCGCGCAAUCGUACUUGAGACGCUGUGUCGGGUGAGGUGUUUGAAAAUUUGUGUAACUUGAUUGCUUGAUUCUGUGGUGUGAAGGUGGUUAAACUUUUGUUUUAUUUUUUUUUUGUUUUGUUUGUUUUUGUUGUUGCGAAUAUAUCGCAGAAAGUUUUUAGAUGAAGUAAUUGUAUGAUGAAGAUAACACAGAAAAUACAAGAAGGCAGCAUACUUUGCAAAACAAUUGUUACAAUUUGAAAUCAACAAUUUGUUAAGUU